AUGACGGUUAAUCCAAACAAGGUUGUUGAUGAGCAUAGGAAGCGGAUAAUUCAUUCAUCCAUUACGGAGAUUUCCCAUGCCAUUGAUCGUUCCAUCGAUGAAGCGGUGUUCCCUAUUGCUCAGACAUCGGAUGAAGAUCGAUUCUUCCUGAUCAAUCCAAGACCUCCAUAUCUAGAUGAUUUGAUUCAAGAGGCACGGGCGUUCAUUGAACUACAGCAUAAGUUGCAACGUGACAGAAUAGUCCUUGUCACUUCAGGUGGUACGACUGUUCCGCUAGAGAACAAUACCGUGAGAUUCAUCGAUAACUUCUCUGCGGGGACCCGUGGUGCUGCCAGUGCCGAGCAAUUCCUCGCUCACGGUUAUAGUGUUAUCUUUUUACACAGAGAGUUUUCGCUGACUCCAUACAACAGAUCAUUUACCCACAACGUCGAUGUGUACUUCCUGGAUUACAUCGACUCAGACGGUUGCAUUAAGCCUGAAUACAGGGAGAAAGUGUUGGCAAGCAAGAAAUUGUUUGAUAAGUACUAUGUUCAGGAGAAAAAACUGCUCUUACUACCAUUUACUACCGUAAAUCAAUAUCUAUGGUCGCUGAAGAGUAUUGCCAAACUACUAAACGCGACUGGAGGCCUUUUCUACCUUGCCGCUGCUGUGAGUGACUUCUUUGUGCCUUAUUCGAGAUUGCCUCAGCAUAAGAUCCAAUCGCGGGACUAUGGAACAGACUGUAAGGAAAGCGCACAUAGUACCACUUCGACUACGACGCCAGAGGGAAAGUUGAUUGUUAACCUUGAUCCUGUGCCUAAGUUUUUGAGAAGAUUAGUGGAGUCCUGGGCCAAACAGGCCAUGGUUGUAUCCUUCAAACUAGAAACGGAUGACGCGAUACUUAUCGAAAAGGCCACACAAGCACUGGAUAGGUAUAAUCACCAGCUCGUAAUAGGAAAUCUGUUGCAAACUAGAAACAAGGAAGUAGUAUUUGUGAAUCAGGAGAACCGCAAAGGUAGCUGGAUCAGGACAGAUGAAAAACAUACCACGAUUGAAGGAUUGAUAAUUCCAGAAGUUAUUAAAUACCAUGAAGAGUGGAUCAAAUCUCAGGACAAUUGA